AUUUCCAGCUCUCGUGACACAGAGGCCAUCACGAGUCAGAAGCUGGUCAAAGGCCACGCCUACUCCAUCACGGCGGCCCAGCAGGUUCAUCACUUGGGUUCUCUGGUGGAGCUGGUCCGGAUCAGGAACCCCUGGGGUCAGGUGGAGUGGACUGGCGCCUGGAGCGACGACUCCCCAGAGUGGACCGGAGUCCAGCCGGAGGAGCGCCGGCGGCUCGAUCGCUCUGCUGACGACGGAGAGUUCUGGAUGUCCUACCGCGACUUCCUGCGGCACUUUUCCCGCCUCGACAUCUGCAACUUGACGCCCGACACGCUGACCAGCGACCACGUCGGCCGCUGGAACCACGCUGAGUUUGAAGGCGUGUGGAGGGUCGGAUCGACCGCAGGCGGCUGCAGGAACUACCCUGCCACAUUCUCCUCGAACCCUCAGUUCUUGAUCCGGCUGCAGGACGUGGACGACGAUCCUCACGAUGGCGAGGACGGCUGCACGGUUCUGAUCGGCCUCAUGCAGAAAGACGCUCGCAGGGAACGGCGCUUUGGACGAGAACUCAACACCAUCGGGUUCUCUGUGUACGAGGUUCCUGAUCAGUACAAAGGUCGCUCCAACGUGCACCUGGGCCCGGACGUCCUGCUGAGGUCGGCGCCGGCUGCCCGCAGUCGGACCUUCAUCAACCUGAGGGAGGUCUGCGAUCGGGUCAAGCUGCCGCCGGGAGACUUCGUCAUCGUCCCGUCCACCUACGAACCGCACCGCAGAGGAAGCUUCGUCCUGAGAGUGUUCACCGAGAAACGGGCCCACAGCAGCCCGAUGGAGGAGGACGUGGACGCCGACAUCCAGCAGGUGAGUCACCUGUUGGACACCAGAGCAGCUUCCAAAGACGAGCUGAGAACCAAAAGAUUAGAAC